CAAACACUCAAACUCACAUAUAUAAACACACAACACUCUUUCACAUUACAACACAACAAUUUCAUCAGUUUCCUCUUCGGAAAAAUGGCGGUUUCAAAGAUUUUAUUGGCUGCUACGAGCGGUAAAAGCUGCAAAAUACUCUUAGGGCUAAGAGUACUUGCCUUCUUGGCCACGUUAUCUGCAGCCAUUGUUAUGGGAUUGAACAAAGAAACAAAGACUUUUGUUGUGGGAAACGUUGGAAAUGCUCCAAUUAAAGCUACUUUCACUGCUAAGUUUCAACACACUCCAGCUUUUGUAUUUUUUGUAGUGGCUAAUGCAAUGGUGAGCUUCCACAACUUGUUGAUGAUUGCUCUUCAGAUAUUUGGAGGGAAAUCGGAAUUAACUGGUUUUCGUCUUCUCUCUGUCGCCAUUCUCGACAUGCUGAAUGUAACUCUGAUUUCGGCGGCAGCAAACGCGGCGGCGUUCAUAUCGGAAGUUGGUAAGAAUGGGAACAAACACGCAAGAUGGGACAAAAUCUGUGACAGAUUCGCCACUUACUGCGACCACGGCGCCGGAGCACUAAUCGCCGCCUUCGCCGGCGUAAUCCUUAUGCUCAUUAUCUCCGCCGUCUCGAUCUCUCGUCUCGUUCAGCCUAACAAAUGCUCCUUCCCCACCGCCGCAUCUCCCUCCGUUGUCCCCUGAAAACAUUACAGCCUCACAAGUCACACGUGUCUCGUUCCCCUGUUUUUUCUAUUUUCUUGCUUCUUCGUUUUUUUGAGUGUUUAGUGUGUACCACGACUCCACGAGUGAUUAUCAGAUUGUGUAAGCAUCUUAACCAUUUGCCUUGUCUGUUACCUCUGUUAGUAAAACUUUCUUCUUUUUCUAUACCCGAAUUAGUAUUACAUACAUAGUUAUUCUAUGUAAAAUCUUACAUAAAAUUAUUUUCUCAAAAAAAGAUAUUACAUAAAAUAAAAAGAUAUAUAUA